AUAUUUGUAGAUGUAAUUGGACUUUGUGGCAAGAGUCCGUUUGGUCUAACUGUUGAGCUUAUAAAUGCCACUGAUUCCCGGUGGCACCCUAACUUUACCUGCUAUGCUGCUGCUGUUUCAAACCAAACUGACCUGAGCACCACUAACAAAGUGGGUUUAAUAAUUUCUCUGAACCCUUUUUCUCACUACAUAACUCAAAUGGUAAAACAGAAUGAUACAAAGUAAAAAAUUUGCAUAAGGAAACAAAGGAUCAGGCCACACACUUACAAAGUCAUAUUGAAUCCAUAUGCAUAUAUUAAGAUUGCACAAUGUAAUUAGUAAUUACACAGAAAAAAAACCUACAUAAAAAGAAUGUUAAGGUUGCAAAGUCAAGUACUCAAAAGUUAGAAAAUGUCAGAAUUGAGGUCACUCAUGCAGCCUUAAGGGAGCCAUGUUAACGCUCCACAGGCAACCACAGUUCUGGCAUUUUCUGCCACUUUAAAACUAUUCUUUUAAUGGAGGGGUGUGUGUGCGCGCAUGCACAAUUUCCUUGGGUUUUAGAACAGCAAACUGAAAAAACAAAUUAUAUCAUGUGGCAUUGACACCCAGAUAGGCCAUCAUCAUGGCUGUAACCUUCAAAGCCACCCCACAGACUUCGUCACAUGAACUAAUGGAGUAACUGACAACAGUAGCAGUUUCUCAUCCUCUAUGUGGAACAGCCACCAGAGGGGAAGAGUCACAUGCUUUGCUGGGGAUUCCACAGAUAUUUGCUGAUAACACAAAUGUUGAGACUGAAGACUCUCUGGUUCAUUAAUGUUUCUAUGGGGAAAAUAAUUUAAAUGGUUACAGACUCUUUUGCACGUUCCCCUCAAGCCUGAUCCCUUGUACUCUCAUUCCUUCCAGCCUGUCCCUGCCUCAGCCCCGUCUUCCCCCAGCCCCAAACCAACUCCUAAUUCCAGCCUAUUCAUGUAGACAGUCCCAAUCUCAAUUUCUCUGGACUCUUCAUCCCAGUCAGUCUUAUUGCCCAUCUGAGUCCCAGUCUUCCCCACUAUCCUAGCUCCCAGUCCUACUUUUCCUCCAUAAACUCCUCAUCAGAGUCUCCCUGACCAGCGAGCCCCAGUCCUCCCACCAGCCUUCUCAUCCCAUCUCAGUCUCUCAUCCACCCCACACUGUUCCUAGUCGGAGACUCCCUCCUCAGGCUCCUGGUCCCAGUCUCCUGCCCCAUUCCCUCACAGCUCUUCAUCAGAUCUCAGUCUUACCGUCCCCGGCAGCUCUGUUUCCACUCUGGGGUCCCAGUCUUCUUGACAAGCCAGUCCCCUCGUACAGCCAGCUCCUAACCUUCCUCUCCCAGGCUCCUUAUCCCAAUCUAGUCUCCCCACCACUUCUUCGCCCAGUCCUGUUCUUGUCCCCCUCUGCAUUCCUCCUCCAGAACAUGUGGGCCCAACAAGAAACUGGAAACCUCUUGCAGUUGUUACCUGAAGCCAAGGGCAAAGCUGACAGAGUCUGGAAUUGUGGAGUAUCUUCUAUGACAGAUCAACCUGGGCAUCUGGCAAUGCCUCACUCAAGGUGCUAAGCACCAUCAAAUCAAUGUGUUAAAGCACCAAACUUAAACAUGGGUUGAUUAUAGCAGUACACUGAUCAGGAUGAAGGAUGCCUCAAGGUGCUGAGGCAUAACUUUGCAGCCUCUCCCAUCAAAUCUACAUUGUUAAAAGAGGUACUGGCACAGAUGGAAUGUUUGACAACUAAUUUAAAAAGAUCAAAGCAAAGUACACACCAUGAAUUUACCUAUUAAGUUUGACAUUUCAAAGUUAAUCAUUUUUAUUUAUCCUAUCAGAAUGAAAAUUGUCAGGAUUUUUUUUUUAAUUCAGAAAAACAUUUUUUUUAAAUCCUUUCAUAGCCCUGGUCUGCACUAGGACUUUAGGUCGAAUAUAGCAGCAUUAAAUCGAUGUAAACCUGCACCCGUCCACACGAUGAAGCCCUUUAUUUCGACUUAAAGGGCUCUUAAAAUCGAUUUCCUUACUCCACCCCUGACAAGUGGAUUAGCGCUUAAAUCGGCCUUGCCGGCUCAAAUUUGGGGUACUGUGGACACAAUUCGACGGUAUUGGCCUCCGGGAGCUAUCCCAGAGUGCUCCAUUGUGACCGCUCUGGACAGCACUCUCAACUCAGAUGCACUGGCCAGGUAGACAGGAAAAGAACCCUGAACUUUUGAAUCUCAUUUCCUGUUUGGCCAGCGUGGCAAGCUGCAGGUGACCAUGCAGAGCUCAUCAGCACAGGUGACCAUGUUGGAGUCCCAGAAUCGCAAAAGAGCUCCAGCAUGGACCGAACGGGAGGUACGGGAUCUGAUCACUGUAUGGGGAGAGGAAUCCGUGCUAUCAGAACUCCGUUCCAGUUUUCGAAAUGCCAAAACCUUUGUCAAAAUCUCCCAGGGCAUGAAGGACAGAGGCCAUAACAGGGACCCAAAGCAGUGCCGCGUGAAACUGAAGGAGCUGAGGCAAGCCUACCAGAAAACCAGAGAGGCGAACGGCCGCUCCGGGUCAGAGCCCCAAACAUGCCGCUUCUGUGAUGAGCUGCAUGCCAUUUUAAGGGGUUCAGCCACCACUACCCCAGCCGUGUUGUUUGACUCCUUCAAUGGAGAUGAAGGCAAUACAGAAGCAGGUUUUGGGGACGAAGAAGAAGAUGAUGAUGAUGAUGAGGUUGUAGAUAGCUCACAGCAAGCAAGCGGAGAAACUGGUUUUCCCGACAGCCAGGAACUGUUUCUCACCCUGGACCUGGAGCCAGUACCCCCCGAACCCACCCAAGGCUGCCUCCUGGACCCAGCAGGCAGAGAAGGGACCUCCGCUGCAUGUGUUUCAAUGAUCACAGGAUCUUCUCCUUCCCAGAGGCUAAUGAAGCUUAGAAAGAAAAAAAACGCACUCGAAAUGAAAUGUUCUCCGAGCUCAUGCUGUCCUCCCACACUGACAGAGCACAGACAAAUGCGUGGAGGCAAAUAUGUCAGAGUGCAGGAAAGCACAAAAUGACCGGGAGGAGAGGUGGAGGGCUGAAGAGAGUAAAUGGCGGGCUGAAGACAGGGCUGAAGUUCAAAUGUGGCGGUAGCGUGAUGAGAGGAGGCAGGAUUCAAUGUUGAGGCUGCUGGAGGACCAAACCAGUAUGCUCCAGUGUAUGGUUGAGCUGCAGCAAAGGUAGCUGGAGCACAGACUGCCACUACAGCCCAUGUGUAACCAACCGCCCUCCUCCCCAAGUUCCAUAGCCUCCACACCCAGAUGCCCAAGAACGCGGUGGGGGGGCCACUGACCAACCAGCCACUCCGCCAGAGAGGACUGCCCAAAAAAAAGAAGGCUGGCAUUCAAUAAAUUUUAAAGUUGUAAACUUUUAAAGUGCUGUGUGGCAUUUUCCUUCCCUCCUCCACCACCCCUCCUGGGCUACCUUGGUACU